AUGGAAAUGAUGUUUCUUAUUUUUGUGCUCGAUUUAGUCAUUGGUAAGCAGCAAUUCAUUUUCAAAAAGUGAACAUUUUUGCCAGGAAUCGCUGCGAGUACUGCUGUAGUUCCUUCGAAUGCAACUUCCGUUGCUCCGGCCACCUACACACCGAUGGACGAAUUUCAGAAAAAAAAGUUUUUGGAGGCGACGAACGGGCAUCGGAACAAACAAUUAAUCGGCCGAUACGCACUCACGUGGGUUAGUGUUUUUGAAAACAUAGUAAUCCGGUAACUUUCUUGGACAAAAACAAUGCGAAUUAUUGAAAAUGUAAACAUUUUCCAGAUCUGGGACGAUUCUCUGGAAGCUUCGGCGGCUGCUCGUUUCGCCAACUGCUCCAUGAGCCCAAUGCACGGAGAGCACUAUCAUGAGACGAUUAUGACGGCGAAACAAUGGCAUCAGACCACCAGAGAAGGUUUCUGACUUGUCUUUUGCAAAUGUUUUCCAAAAAGUGUUUCAGACCAACUGCUGCCCGUUAUCCAAGUGGAAAUAUUUUUAAAGGGAACGUCCCGGGUGGGAUGCUCUUCGCAAGUCAGCUGCGGCGACAAUCAGACCCAUACUGUCUGCCACUACGGUCCCAGGUUUGUGCCCUUUUCCCUGCACUUUUAGACUUUUAGUUCUCCUUGCAUUCACGGCGAGUUGAAGCGUAUGCGCUCCAAGUGCGCUCCAUUGAAACUGGAAAAUUUUCCCCUUGCCGAUUCAUGCUAUCGACAAAUUUGCCGUUUCCGGAGAUAUUCUGAUUCAUUUUAUUCGUUCUCUUUGUGAAUGUGUUUGUUGUGAUCAAAACCAGCAAAGAGCAACAAAAAACUCGCAAGAAUUCCUGAGGUUCACGAAACAGCUUUUUUUUCGAAGUAUGGCUGCCCGUGCGUGCUUUUUGUGUCUCUUUGUUAGUUUACGUCGUAAUGAACUCAUUUAUAUUCUUCCGACGGCACGCAUCUAAAGUUUUGGCGCGCGCCGGCGAAACGCCUUCGCCUUUGUACACUCGGCACUGUGCCAGCCAACACAAAUCGACCGCCGAGUUUGAAAAAUGUUUACCAGACAGUUUCAGACCAAACAAACUUUAAACAAUAUUUGUUGCAGUAUUCUCAAAACCGGCGCCACUUUCGAGACGGCCUCCGACGGGUGUCUGUUCGACCGAGUUUACACGAAUCUGUGCGUAGACGUGUCUCCGACGACCCUGGCUCCUAGCACCGAAGUUCCGCACGAAUUCAAUCCCAGAAAAUACUCAAAGGCCGUUUCGAACUUUCAUUUCAUUAUGCCAAUUGUCUCGCUGAUUCUUGCAUUGUAAAUGAAGAUUCAAAUAUUAGAAAAAAUUCCAAGCAUUGAUCGUCUAUUGAAAAUUUGAAAAAAAUUUGUCCAUUUGUUGAAACAUUGUUUUUUUUCUGGAAAAAAACGUGACCAAGCCUUUCCGUUCUUUUCAGAAAUGUCCGCGUGAAACGAGAUUAUUCGCGCCGAAGCCUCGGGUUAUUCUCACAAAACGAAAAUUAUUUUCUCAUCGAUCAUCGUCUGAUUUUUGGCCAGCUCUGGAAGUACGACUACGUUAUUUUUCAGUACAAUUCGCUUAGAAAUCAUGUCAACAAAGCCAAAAAACAAACCGACCGGCCGUCGAAAGAACAAGGUUCGAGGUUCCAGAAAUUUAAGGAAAUUCAGCAAAAAAAUUACAGCCAUCAGCAGCGGGACCCGGUGACCGCUCGGGAAACAGCAUGCGCAAGGUAUUUCUUGAACAUUUUCGGCGUUUUUUUUUUCAAAAAACAAACUAUUUUCAGCCAUCAGCACUCGGAGCUUGUGAACGUUCGGGGAACAGCAUGCGCAAGGUAAGGAUUUUUUUGUAUUUUUUAAACGAAUUUGAACCAGCUUUUCGAAAAAAUUGCUUUAAAUUUUCAGCCUUCGAAAGAUAAAAACCCGGAACUUUCGUCAAACAGCUCACGCAGUCAGAACAAGAAGCAAGAUGUGAGUUUGCUUUUCAAAAACGACAAUUUCGCGAUCAAAACCCCGUUUUCUUUCCAGUCGCCCUCGUUAUUCGGCCGUUCGCUCAUGAAAAAGAUGUCGCAGGAGCCGUCGGGCAACAGCAAAAACACGGGACGCAGUCUGCAGAAGGCGCCGAAAAAGGAGACGCCCGAGAACUCGACGCGCAAGAAGAAAGAGGAGCAGGAGCAGAAGCACGUGUUCGCCGUCGGCGACUCCAUCGACGGAAUCAACGUCUACAAAGUGGUCUCGGCGCUUCAUCGAUCGCCGAAACCGUCGGAAGUGGAUGUUUACGCGGUGAAGGACGAGAACGGCGAGGAGGUGCGCAUGAAGGUUUCGAAUCUGGCGGCGUUCCAACUCAAGAAGGAAGCCGUCAUUCUUCAAAAGCUGCUCAGACACAGCUCCGGAGACGGCGAACGGUCUUUUGUGGCGAUGCUCGAGUACGGAACGACCCCCAAGUGCGAGUUUCUCAUCUGCACCCCAUUCGGCACCACUCUGCAGGAGGUCAUGAAGAACACGAUGAAUGGCGCCUCGUUCUCUCUGGACUGUGCUAUCGCUGUCGGACUUCAAAUGCUCAAGGGGAUCAAAGACUUGCACGCGAUCAGCUGGUUGCACCGAAAUAUCCGUCCGGCCGCAUUCCACGUGGGGCUGGGCGCCGAGGAGACGUCGAUCUUUUUGCAAGACUUUCGCAACGUGCGAAAGUACGAGGAGGCGAAAAAAGUGAUUCCCGCGAAGACGACGGUCCGCAUCGACGCGACCGCCCGCUACGGACCGCGAUGUGUGUUGAGCCAGAAGGAUUUGGGCAGAAAGGACGAUUUGGAGUCGUGGUUGUACUCGGUACUUUCUCUUGAAACGUUAUUUACGACAACAAUACCGAAAAUGUUGCAGCUGUACUACAUGAUUGACGCGGCGACGAUUGACUGGAAAAGGGACACGAGCAUUCAGUGGUUGAGCAAAGCCAAAGAGGCUUUCAUGAAGAAUGGUGCGUUUUGCAAGCUCCAAAAAAAAAAUUCAAAUUUUUCAGAAGGACCCCACCAGUACACCAAAGUGCCACGUGCACUCGCCGCCGCGGUCACCCUCAUCGCCGGCUACGACUUUGCCGCCGAGCCCGAUUACGAUAGAAUUCGCAAAAUUUUAACGGAUGUGCAAACCGAACUGAAAUUGAAUGCGAGCGCGUGCGACUGGAAAGGAAAAUCGAAUUUGCAGGAGAUUACCGGAGAUACGGUAGGAUUUAAAGAAGACGAGACUCGAGAUUAACCACGACCUUUUUCUCUAGCAACGCAGCUUUGAUAACGUGUUGACGGGCGGACCGGAGAACAAGGAACAAUCGAAACGGGACAAGAACAAGAAAAAGAACAAGACGAGCGACUUGCGCAAAAAAUUGAUGCCCGGAGACGUGAUUCAGAGUCAGGCGGACUCGAAAACGGCGUAAGUUAUUAUAGGGGCACCGGGCAGAAAGGGCGCGCUGUUCGCAAUCUGGCAGAAUUUCUAGGCCGCGAAGUAAUUUUCCACUGAAAACGUGGCCUAACUUUUCAAACUCGGCCCCGAGGUCGCUCAAUUUGCACUGCAAAAAGAGUUUCUCAACAGAGCGCCAUUUCUGUGCGGUGCCCCUAUAAUACUAUGCUUAAUCUCGAGAUUAUUUGUGACCUAUCCUGUAGGUGGCGCGUGGUCAACUUGCUCGGCUCGGGCGGUUUCGGCGACGUCUACAAAGUGCACCGCAACGAAGGAUCGAGCUCCAAGUGCUACGCGCUCAAAACCGAAGGCGAGGGCGACAAGCGCUUUAUGCGAUUGAAAAUCGAGGUGACGGUGAUGAUGAAGACGGCCGAGAAGAAGAAACAGGGCCUCUUCGAGAACUUUGUUGAAUUUGUCGAUCGUGGAAAGUGCGAGGAGUUAAAGUGCAAGGUGGGAGCAGAGUGCCGCACAAAAAAUCGAUAAUCUCGGGUACUUCUCGUGGUCAGCAAAAUUUGGGACUAGGGAAACAGAAGUUCACGAUACCCUUAACGAAACCCAAUUUUCGAAACGUUCCGAAUUUUUUGCAGUACGUGGUGAUGGGGCUGGUGGGUCCGUCGUUGGACGACGUCCGCUACAAGUUCAUGAUGAUAGCGCUCUCGCCGUCGACGUGCUUCAACAUUGCCAUCCAAACGGUCGCCUCGGUCCGCGACCUCCACUCGAUCGGCUAUCUCCACCGCGACAUCAAACCAGCCAACUUUGCGGUCGGGCUGGGCGAGCACGAAUCGACAGUCUUCAUGCUCGACUUUGGAAUCGCGAAGCUCUACCUAGACGCGAACGGCAAUCACAAGGUGAAGCGGCGGAAGGUGAAGUUCCUCGGCACGUUGCGAUUCGCGUCGCGCGCCUGCAUGGAUUUGCAAGAGCAGGGACGGAAGGACGAUUUGGAGACGUGGCUCUACAUGGUCUACGAGAUAUUCAGCGAGGCGGCAAACAAAAUCACCGAGAGCUACGGCCUUCCGUGGAAGGGCUGCGCAGAGCCCAAGCUGAUUUUGGAGGCGAAAAAGAACUUUUUCCAUAUGUCGUGUGAGUUGAAUUUCAAAACACUGAAAUCUUUGCCGAAGCAAUUUUGAGCUCGCAAAAUAUGUUUUCCGGCUUAUAACACCUAAAUCCAAGUGUCUAAAAACGUGCACUGAAAAACUGUGUUUGCAGUCGACAGAGCGCCGCGCGUUCCGAAGCACCUGAGGCGGAUGGGACCGCUCGUCUCGUACAUAAACGGACUGGAUCACGAGCAGACGCCCGACUACCAGUACAUUGAGAAGUUUCUCAAGAAGACGGCCAGCGAUUUCAACGUGAAGUUGGACAAGAAAAUGGAUUGGGUGGGAAGACUCGGAAAGCCGCCGCCGGGCGAGGGCACCUCUUCGGACAAAUCGGAGAAGAAGCAGAGUGUCGACGACGACGGAGAAGCGCCCGACAAGUAG